AAGAAGUCUUGACCGUGACUUUGAAACAAAUUCGCGAAUUGUGAGGAGUGAAGAAAUUAAUAGAAAGGGUAGACAGAAAAAAUGAGGGCAAUUUUUACAAGUGUUGUGUCAUUUUUUAUUCUCACAGGCAGCAAAAAUGCAGUUCUUUCAAGUUCGAUUAAACCGCGACAAAACGUCCAACAAUUCCAAAUAGCGGUAGUCUUGCCUCCUGGACAAAAUCUCACCCAAGGGGGCCAAACACCGAGUCCUGCCAACCCCGGAUUCGUCUGGGUGCAAGUUCCAGUCACUCCUCCAAAUCAACCGGCGAUAAUUCAACCCCCAUCACCAGUAAUUCCUCCAAUAAAUCAACCCCCGUUACCGGCAAUUCCUCCAAACAAUCAACCGAUUCCAGACGAUUUAUCAAAAAAAUGCCAAAAAUCCCGGGGGCAGUUUCCAAGCAAUUCCUGCAAUAAAUACAUCAAUUGUUGGGACGGGGUAGCUGUCGAACAAUUUUGUCCCGAAGGACUCCUUUUUAGUCCUCGAGGAUAUUGCGAUUAUCCCGAAAACGUUAAUUGUGGGGGCAGGCCGAUUGAAGGAAUGCCUCCUUCAAGUGCGACUCCGGGUCAAGCCACAACUGUAGCUCCACCAACAUUAAUUGUGACUCUACCUACAAUUGACCCUAAUUUAAGAAAAAAGUGUCUGAAACCAAGAGGACAAUUCCGAAGUGACACUUGCAAUAAAUUUGUUAAUUGUUGGGAUGACGUUGUGAUUGAGCAAGAGUGUCCUAAGGGACUUCUUUUCUCAAACAACGGAUAUUGCGAUUAUCCCAAUAACGUUAACUGUGGGAGUACCACAAAUCCAGAAAUUAGAAAUGAUAUAAAAAGUGAAUGUCCUCUCGAAUUUGGGACUUUCAGAGACAGACAAAAUUGCAGCAAUUAUUUUACUUGUAUAGGAGGGAAAAUUGUGGCUAAUUACACUUGUCCCAGCGGUUUUAAUUUUAAUGAUAAUAUAGGAGUGUGUGACUAUGAGGACCGAGUGGACUGCUCAAAAGAACCACUAAUUUUUAGCCCCAAAGCUAACUUUCUGUCAAAUAUUCCCAAAGAUUUUAUGAGCCAAAUUGAGAAUUGUAAACCUGGUUCAGUGUUUGCACUCAACCCACAAUGCACUGCUGCGUGCUUAUGUCACGAUGGUCUAUCUGAAGUGGUUCAAUGUCCAGUGGGCCUCGCCUACGAUUCGAAGACUGAUAAGUGUUUGCUUCCACAUUUAGCAAAAUGCUAAUUUAUUUAUUUUUCUUGGUUGUGGGUCCGACAGACGGGAUGGGACAGGUUGGGGUACUUUUUAAAUAAAUAGAAAUAAAAAUUAUACUCGAUA